AUUUUCUUGAUUACCACAAAAUGGAUCUCGACACUCGCGCAAACGGGCAGAACGGUGUCCUUGAAGUCGCGAGUAGCUUCGAGGGCUUGCCCCAAGAAAUACUCCAAGUCAUCCGCCUCCAAACCUCACCAGAAUUCCUCGCCUCUCUCGCCGCUGCCGCGCUCGACCCAAAACUUACAAUACCACUUUUUACUCGAUUCCAUUCUGUUUUCGCAGACACCUGCGCAAGAUGGACCUCUACAGGGGAGUUAGGGAACAAAAAUCUUGCUGUGAUCUACGCGAUUGCAAGAAUAAUACCUCUUGCGCCUCAUCUAUCGAUUUAUCUCGAAAACUACUUGACAAAGACCCUUCCAAGUCAAGAUACCCCACACCUACAACCGCAAACACAAUGCAUAUGGAGUGAGACGGACUUGGCUACAUAUGACACUCUCGAGAUCCAAAGAACUCUUCUGGCCAUUGUCCGGCUCCUAAAUUUCGACAACCACACUUAUGCUUCAACUAUAUCUGGCGGAACAGCACAGUCUCUGUUCCAGCACAAAGACAGAGCGAUUCGAUAUCUUGCAGUCCGAAUUUUCUGUCAAUCCCUCUACGCAUCGGACUUCAAGUUGGAAGCUUUAAUAAAUGAAUAUUUGGGAGAAGAUGCUGUUUUCGGGGAUUAUGACGGCCAGCAGGUUGACUUUGGAUUUCUGAGUCUAUUUGAGGAAGAGAGAUUGGAAAACGCUCACAAGAAUCUGCAAAAAUUCCAAAAGGAGGGCAACUUUAGGGCGGCAAGUUCCAAUCUCGACGGACUUUCUCCAUUUACCGUAUUAUGCACAGGCGCAUUGUUGCCUCGACCCAAUGGUCCCCCUUCCCGAUCGUCCGCUCUGGUACAGACCUCCACAACUGCAAGAAACAUGGAGUCUUUUGCAAAGUCCUUACUAUCUUCUUCACCAACUCUCCUUCACGGGCUUGCUGGUUCGGGAAAAACUUCGAUGGUCAAUGACUUUGCUCGGGAAUUGGGCGUAGAGUCGAAUAUGGUGUCUCUUCACCUGAACGAACAGACCGAUGCAAAAAUGCUCAUCGGAAUGUAUGCGACUGGCUCCACUCCUGGAUCCUUUACUUGGCGGGCGGGAGUCUUAACUACUGCUGUACGUGAAGGUCGUUGGGUAUUUAUUGAGGAUCUUGACCGAGCCCCCAAUGAAGUUAUUAGUGUUAUUCUGCCUCUGAUUGAGAGAGGAGAAUUAGUUAUCCCAAGUCGUGGCGAAACCAUCAAAGCAGGUCGCGGCUUCAGACUUUUGGCCAGCAUACGGACAUCGCUGAGUGUAACGGGCAUAGAGAACCCCCCUGCACUGCACAUGCUGGGGUCAAGACUGUGGCAGCGAGUCCCAGUUGAGAUGCCUACACAAGAAGAAUUUCGUGAGAUUAUCCAGGGCACCUACCCAAUUUUACACAAAUUCCUCCCUGGUAUCAUUAAUGUAUAUGAACGACUAUAUGCGUUGUCCCAUAAGUCUUCUUUUGCCUCCCGAAGUCGAACUUCUCUCGGUCGCCCAAUUAGUCCUCGGGAUCUUCUCAAAUGGUGUCGUCGAUUGGACGGCAUUCUAACUGCAGCUGGGUCCAAAAAUGGUGACGAGCCGAUCACAGAAUCAACGAAAUAUGAGAUGUUUUUGGAAGCGACCGAUUGUUUUGCUGGCAGUUUACAGACUGAGGAUACACGAAGAACCAUCAUUUCAGCUAUCGCAGAGGAGAUGCACAUUGACCCCCAAAGAGUUGAACACUUCCUCACUGCCCAUGUUCCACGAUAUGAAGACACAGAUUCCCAUUUCGCCAUUGGAAGAGUCCGCCUAUCAAAACGACGCUCCAGUCGCGUCGUUAAGUCUACCAAAAAGUCCAGACCUUUUGCAAAUACCACACACGCCAAGAGACUAUUAGAACAAGUAGGAGUGGCUCUAAGAAUGGCCGAGCCAGUUUUGCUUGUCGGUGAGACUGGUAUUGGGAAAACAACAGUAGUACAGCAGCUGGCCGAUACUUUGGGGUUCAAUCUUACCGCUGUCAACUUGUCCCAGCAGAGCGAGGUUGGCGAUCUCCUCGGUGGAUUCAAACCAGUCCAUGUCAGGAGUCUGGCCAUUCCGCUAAAGGACGAGUUUGAUGAUUUGUUUGCCGCAACAGGUAUAUCUGCGUCCAAGAACCAAAGAUAUAUUGAACAGCUAGGGAAAACUAUUGCCAGAAGCCAGUGGAGCAAAGCAUUAAAACUGUGGCGAGAGGCUCCAAAAAUGUUUGAGAAGAUUGUCUCCGAGUUGAAGAAGAGAGAAUCAAAUUCUCGAACCGAUUCCGAGCAGCCACUGAAACGACGGAAGACGGAGUCAAGAUUACAAACACUACUGAACCUCAAACCUCGAUGGGAGCGAUUUUCUGAAAGCUUGAAGCAGUUUGAUGUACAGCUUUCGGGUGGUUCAAUGGGGUUUGCAUUUACUUUCAUUGAGGGAAACAUUGUCAAGGCGGCUCGCAAUGGAGACUGGGUAUUGCUUGAUGAAAUGAAUCUUGCAUCGCCUGAUACACUUGAGAGUAUAGCAGAUCUUUUGCACAGUGGCACCGGUGCUGCACCAUCGAUCCUGUUAUCGGAAACCGGAGAAAUUGAGAGAGUUCGAGCACAUCCCAACUUUCGUAUCUUUGGAGCUAUGAACCCAGCCACAGAUGUUGGAAAACGUGAUUUGCCUAUGGGCUUAAGGUCUCGCUUUACUGAAAUCUAUGUUGAUAGUCCGGAUCGAAAUCUUGACGAUUUAUUGGGUGUCAUCAAAGCCUACCUCAAAGGUACCAGCAGCAACGACGACCGAGCGGCUCAUGAUGUAGCACGAUUAUACCUCAACACGAAGCGUUUGGCUGACGAGAAACGACUGGUUGAUGGGGCAAACCAAGUACCUCAUUUCAGUUUGCGAACUCUGACUCGAGUUUUGAGUUAUGUCACUGAAAUCGCACCAUCAUAUGGUCUCCGAAGAGCAUUGUACGAGGGAUAUGCCAUGGGAUUUCUGACACUGCUAAACAGAGACUCUGAAAAGAUGCUUAUGCCACUGAUAAACCAUCACUUACUAGAAAACCAUGGAAAUCCACAGUCUUUACUAUCCCAAACACCACGCCAUCCAGAUGAUGAAAAGCAAUACGUCCGCUUCAUGAACAAGAAACGAGAUCGCCAAUACUGGAUGCUACAGGGUUCAGAAGAACCCCAAGAACAGCCCCAUUACAUCAUUACACCAUUUGUUGAGCGGAAUAUGCUCAAUUUGGUUCGCGCGACUUCCACUCGACGAUUUCCUGUCCUUGUUCAGGGACCUACUUCAUCUGGAAAGACAAGUAUGAUUGAAUAUCUCGCAAAGUUCAGCGGAAACAAAUUUGUCAGGAUCAACAACCAUGAGCACACAGAUCUACAAGAGUACUUGGGAACGUACGUAUCAGGCUCGGAUGGCCAGCUUCGUUUCCAGGAAGGCCUCUUAGUGCAGGCCCUGCGGCAAGGCCACUGGAUCGUGCUCGAUGAAUUGAACUUGGCCCCAACCGAUGUUCUUGAAGCCCUCAACCGGUUGUUAGAUGACAAUCGUGAACUUCUGAUUCCCGAAACCCAAGAAAUUGUCCGACCUCAUGACAAUUUUAUGCUAUUUGCCACCCAAAACCCUCCCGGAUUAUACGGAGGCCGAAAAACUCUUUCACGUGCAUUUCGAAAUCGGUUUUUAGAACUUCACUUUGACGAUAUUCCCGAGGACGAGCUUGAUUUUAUCUUGGAAAAGCGUAGUCAGAAAGUGGCUCCAUCAGAUUGCCGAAGAAUUGUCACCGUGUAUAAGGAGCUUUCGAGAUUACGACAAUCCAAUCGUCUUUUUGAACAGAAAGACAGUUUUGCGACCUUGAGAGAUCUGUUCCGUUGGGCCCUCAGAGAUGCCGACAAUCGAGAACAGCUUGCUGCGAAUGGGUACAUGCUACUCGCGGAACGUGUUCGAAAUCCGGAAGAAAGAAUUGCGGUUAAAGAGAUUAUCGAAAAGGUCAUGAAAGUCAAGCUGGAUCCUGCUGUGCUCUAUGAUGUGAACCUCUCGCCUGAAAUCAAAUCUUAUGACGCCACCGCAAAUUCACAAGGGGUCGUCUGGACCCAGGCAAUGCGUCGACUAUAUGUUCUUGUCGCGCAUGCACUCCGAAACAAUGAGCCUGUUCUCUUGGUCGGCGAGACGGGUUGUGGGAAGACAACUGUCUGUCAGAUGCUCGCAGAUGCCUUUCAUAAGGAUCUGAAUAUUGUUAAUGCUCAUCAAAACACCGAGACAGGGGAUCUCAUAGGUACUCAGAGACCUGUUCGUAAUCGCGCCAUUGUACUAGAACAGUUGAAAGCGCAUCUUCUCUCAGCCUUCGAAAAGCUUGGCCAACAGGUUGGACACAACAGCGAUCUCGACGAAUUACUUGCUGCAUAUCUUUCAUUAACGGACAUUGACCUCGCUCAAGUUCCAGACGAACUGCAAAUUUUGAUAACAAAUUUCCAGGCAAAAGCCAAAUCUCUCUUCGAAUGGUCGGAUGGAAGUCUUGUACAGUCGAUGAGAGAAGGCCAACUGUUUCUCCUCGAUGAGAUCUCACUAGCGGACGAUUCUGUUCUUGAGCGUCUUAACUCUGUACUAGAGCCCCAACGUUCAAUUUUGCUCGCAGAAAAGGGCGUCGACGAUUCGUUCAUUGUGGCAGCAGAAGGAUUUCAGUUUUUUGCAACCAUGAAUCCAGGUGGCGACUACGGUAAACGGGAACUUUCACCCGCGCUGCGAAAUCGAUUCACCGAGAUAUGGGCUCCUUCGCUUUCUGAACAUGAGGAUGUUUUGCAAAUUGUACAAACUAAGUUGUCGGAAAGUUUCAAGCCUUUCGCAAAGUCAAUUGUUCUGUUCUCCGAGUGGUUCGGCCAAACCUUCAGAUCUACCUCAUCCACCUCAAUCUCAGUCCGAGAUAUUUUAGCAUGGGUCAAGUUUAUAAAUGGCAGCAAAUCCUCCGAUCCUCAUUUUGCAGUCCUUCAUGGUGCAGCGAUGGUUUACAUAGAUACACUCGGUGCCAAUCCUGCCGCGCUAUUGGCAAUCAGCCCAGAUAGUAUCCGUGAGGAGAGAACCAAGUGCGUUGCCAAACUCGGGGAGCUUUUGAAUGCCGAUUUGAAUGCCAUUUACUCGAAAGAUAUGCUACUGGCAAACAGAGUAGAAUCGUUGAGCAUCGGGGACUUUUCAAUAUUGAAACAGCCCGGUUCGGAUCAUGACCCAGGAUUCGCCUUCCACGCACCAACAACAAAAAUGAAUGCAAUGAGGGUCCUCCGUGCACUUCAGGUCCAGAAGCCAAUCCUUAUUGAAGGUAGCCCUGGUGUUGGUAAAACAACUUUAAUUGCCGCUCUUGCUCGCGCCUGCAAUAUGCCUCUCACCCGAAUCAAUCUCUCAGAACAAACAGAUCUCAUGGACCUUUUUGGGUCCGAUGCUCCUGUCGAAGGUGCUGAGGCUGGCCAUUUCGCUUGGCGCGAUGCACCAUUCCUCCAGGCCAUGCAGAAGGGAGAGUGGGUUCUUCUUGACGAGAUGAAUCUUGCCUCUCAGUCUGUUCUCGAGGGUCUGAACGCAUGUCUUGACCACCGUGGUGAAGUCUAUAUCUCCGAGUUAGACCAGUCCUUCAAGUGUCAUCCAAACUUUUCGGUUUUUGCGGCCCAAAAUCCGCAUCACCAAGGCGGUGGUAGAAAAGGACUCCCCGCUUCGUUUGUUAAUCGAUUCACUGUUGUAUAUGCUGAUGUGUUUAGAAAUGAUGAUCUCGAACUAAUAUGUAGGCACAAUUUCCCCCAAAUGUCAGAAGAGAUUGUUCUUGCAAUCAUAAAUUUUGUGUGUCGACUUGAGCAUGAAAUUGUCCACAGGCGGGCUUUUGGCUCUCAGGGCGGCCCAUGGGAAUUCAACUUGCGUGAUAUCCUCCGCUGGUUGCAGCUACUAUCGUCUUCAGCGCCAUUUUUGGCUGCUGCAGUACCUUCCGAUUUUCUCAAUCUCAUUUUCCGCCAACGUUUUAGAUCAAACCGAGACCGACAAGAAAUUGAUAAGAUCUUUACGGACGUUUUUGGUUCUAGUCCUCCCUGUCGCCAUCUAUUUGAUAAUCUCGGUUCGCUGUCCUAUCAGGUAGGUAUGGCUUACACACAGCGAGAUCCGCUUAUCCAACGAUUGCAAUUUCCUCGCAUCGAUCCUAUUAAGCGAUACUCUGAACUGGAAUCUGUAAUGAUCUGUAUCGAACAAAAUCUACCAUGUAUUUUGGUAGGAUCUUCGGGUUCGGGGAAGACUACUCUCAUUCAGCAUAUUGCUGCGGCGAGUGGUAAAUCUCUAGCAGUGUUUCCUCUAAAUUCCGAUGUCGAUACCAUGGACUUAGUUGGUGGCUUUGAACAAGUUGAUCCUCAACGGGGAGCAAGUACCUUCCUCCAGGAGUUGAGCGAUUUCCUCAUCCUGCGUGUCUUGUCUUCACUUCCGGCUGCUGUCCCAAAGGAAGCCAUUGCCCUUUUGGAAUCCUUGAACGCUCAUUGCGAUUAUACUGCAUCGUACUUUUCCGAGCUUAGUCAAGUUUUACAGGAGCUUGAGAGAACGACUUCUUUAAUAGAAUUUGGUGAGCUAGCUGCAACAUGCGCAAAGUUGUCCAAUACUCCUAUGGUUCUAGAGACUGCGCGGUUUGAAUGGGUUGAUGGGGUACUCGUGAAGGCACUUCAAAAGGGCGACUGGCUCGUCCUUGACAAUGCUAAUCUAUGCAGUGCAUCUGUGCUUGACAGAUUGAAUUCUUUGCUGGAGCCUAACGGAUUUUUGAGCAUCAAUGAGCACUGUGGACCAGACGGUGAGCCCAAGAUGAUUCGACCUCAUCCAGAUUUUAGAAUCUUUUUGACGAUGGAUCCUCGAUUUGGUGAAUUAUCGAGGGCAAUGAGGAAUCGCGCUAUCGAAAUCUUCCUUGAGCCUUUAUCAGCGAACCUUGUGCAACCAAAGUUCACGACUUCAGAGGCUAUGUUACAAAGAUAUCGGAAGGUUUCAAAAUCCUUAGCAGAAGAUUCUCAUAAUUUUUGGGUUUCUAAAAGCCUGUCACCAAUCGCGAUGGACAACUUGGCUUGGUCGGAUAUGGCCAUCCUGCCACGAUACAUAAAGGCCACCAACUCAAAUGCUCAAGAGGCCGGCGAGGAUGCGGUGGAGAUUUGUCAGACAUAUCUGCAAGUGUACAAAUCGCCCGACAAUCAGGAUUUUAGACAAGUUGUCGGAGAAAUGUUGAAUACACUGGCUGAGAAGAACGCGUUGGGGCCAAGCUUCAGAGACGCACAGGUUAGUGACCGUGCCGUCCCUUUGUUUAAUUCCUUAGAUAGACAUGUACUGAUAGUUCAAUAAAACUUGUAGAUUCUCCAUCCUUUACAAAAUUCGCCUCUCGUUCCUCUGCUCCAAAAAGCCGGUAGCCCGACUCAAGCAUAUUGGUUGGGAGCCUGCUUCGAGUUCUUGACCCAGUUCAUCACCGCUCAGAACGCACAGACCAGUCAGGCAGUUUUGAUCAACACCCUCAAACCAAGCAAGAUGAACCGACUUCAAAGAUCACUUGUGAAAGAUCGCGUGCCUGCUGUUGCUAAAGAUUCUACUGUGAACGUCUCGAGUUUCUUAACAUCGCUGUUAGCAAUCUUGAGAAGCUACAUGAAGACCAAUGCUCGUGAAGAUUUGCAGUGGAAGGCCCAGAAGAGAAUUAUUUCAUCCCUCUUGCAAUACUGGUGGGAUACCUACAGACUUGCAUCUUCUGCGGAGUUUGAAGAAGCAACAUUUCAAGCCCAUCUUGCUAUUGGUACAGAUCUGCUCAAAUCAUUGAGCGAGUUGCUGCCGGCUCAUGGGCAUAAUGCUAUUACUAGCAAUGUUCUCCAUCUCGUUGACACAAAUUUCCACUCUGGGUUCAAACUAUCGACCGGUCUCAAAAUGGAGGUGAUGUGGAAAAGAUUUCGACCAAUCGUCAUGCCAAAUGCGAAAGUUAUGGAAGUCUUGCUCAAAAUGGAGACCUUGGCUGGUAGAUUUGAUUCCUUAAGAUGGAAGACAACAAUCACAAUUUCGGAGCUUGGAGAAACCAUGAGAUCUCUUGUCAAAGCCUAUCAUCAUUUACUCACCUCUGGCGUCGAUGGUGAAUCUCUUACCAAAAUGCUAGAGGCAGAACUUGGGAAACUGGAGGGAACGUUCGGAAAAGAACAGGAAGGAAACACGCCAUUCUUGGCCUCCGAGUUUGAAACUUUGAGACAAGUCCAAAUAGUAAGCGCCAUACGAUCGAGAAAAGCUCCGGAUUUUACUCUUCACACUGAUAUCGUUGUACUUGCAAACCAUCCAUCUACCUCGGAAAUGCGAGUGUCCUCGUCGACUGACUCAUCGCGCCUGCUACAAAGUAUCGACUACCUAUCAUGCGAAAAGGGACAGUUCAAGCCAAUUUAUGAUCCUGUUUCUACCUUGUUACUCCAAAAGAUGUAUGCCCUCGGUGAUGUCAAUCUAAACGCACUCAAGUUGUUGGAAUCAGAAUUACCAAUCAUGGGUGAGCAACUAUCAAAUUUAAGCUCAAGCCUCUGUCGCAAUCAGCUGGCAGACCUCAACGAGGCUCUUCAAUUUCUCGUUUCGGAUGUUAUGUCGAUUUAUGACCCAUCUCCGGUGGCAGACUUCAUCGGACACAUCAGCGAUAUUGCUGCAAGGACCCUGCCUUGGAACGUUCAGUCAGUUAUUGAACACGCUUCAUCAGGUGAACAAUCCCCCAUACUUUCCACAUUCCGCGAAUCUUCAGUUGCUCUUUCAGCCUCACUCCAUGACAAUGGUAUGGAUGUUCAAUACUCUGCAAUUGCUUGGACUCAGUUUGCUGUUGGGUGUAUCAGACUGUAUGUUCCGGACCGAGCGUUUGAUCCUGACAAGAGGCAACGGCUGGAGAAAGAGCGACAUCAAAAACUCCGCGAAACAUUACACGCCAAGUUGGACUCGCUUCAACGAUUUGAGCAAAUGGUUUCUGGUCAAAACUCAAGUAUUCGAUGCCAAUUGGUGGAAGGUGAAAUAACGGAACUGGGUGAACCGCCUGUCAUACUCCAGGAAAUUUACCGGCCUCAAGUGUCGGAAAUAGACCAACUGCAAGGAGAAUUCAACAACCUUCUAAAGACUGUUGUUUUUUCGAAGAUUUCAUCAACCAUCGCGACAUACUUCCAAACUGGAAACGACAGCAGCCUACAGGAACUUAAGCUGAUACAAAACAAUGUUGGUCAGAUUAUUCUUCGGCUCUCCGAAAGAUUCCGUGCAUAUAAUGACAUAACGUCUCCCGUCAUAAGCAUGCUCCGCUGCCUGGAAAUCGGGAUCUCGCUGGCCAUUCUGGCGGGACGGGGAUCACAAACUAAUGAUACCACACCCAUCGCCCUCAGCAAGAUGGUUCCUUUCUUGGGAGGUGGACCAUUUUCCAUCGAUGAAUCCAUAGUUUCUAGCAAUCCGAUCCAGUAUUUGACCCUAGCUGCAACAACAACAUCAACCGAGGGUCUGAAAAGCUUUGAAUCGGAACAGCGCCAGCUUCUUUUUAAGGCAUUUCAUGGAUGUUAUGAACAAUGGACCAAGCGUCUGGAAGCAGACAGAUUAGAAGCUGAAUCACAGACGGGACUUUACCGGUUCAAGGGAAGCGAGGAAGAUGAAGACGAAGAGGACGCUGAGCAGUUCAAUGAGCUCUUUCCCGAAUAUAAUUCAGAUUCCACGAACGUGACCAAGGGAUCUGAUCCAUCAGCUAUUGUUAGAGAGACUUCCGUUGAGCUCGCCGGUGUUCAUGCUAGCAUUUUCUUGGGUGGAAGUGCACCUAGCGAAAGUGUUAUGUCGCUCGUCCGUUAUAUGUCGAAAAGGGUCGGGAGCAUGCGUGAGUGCGAUGCUCAUUUCGACAAUGACAAUACCACCGAAAGCUUUCUUCCAGGAGCGCUUAUUCUCUUGAACGAUCAUAUGAAUUCGAUGAGCUCUUCUGCCACUGUCUCUGAGUCGUUCAACUUUUAUACCGAUGCACAUCUACCUGAAACCCGAAAACUCGUCGUCCUCAUUCAUCAAAUUCAAGCUCGUUUCCGAGAACUUCAGGCAGUUGACGAGAUCGGGCACAUGCAGCCACUGGAAGAUGUUUUGGUGUCGUGCCGAGAGCUCUUACAAUACAGGCAUACCGAGCCGCUAGCUAAGAUCAUCACCAAGGUUGAACAAAUUCACACUUUCAUGCACGAGUGGCAAUUUGGUGGUUGGGCUAGUCGAGCGAACUCUGCUCUGACGCAGUAUGACAAUUUGACUGCAACAAUUGUCAAUUGGCGUAGACUGGAGAUAUCAACCUGGGCGAAGCUGUUUGACAUGGAAUCAAUGAAAUGCGAGGGUGACGCACGGUCAUGGUGGUUUAUUGCUUAUCAAGUUGUCGUCGCAGCACCGCUUCGGAUUUCUGAUAAGGACGACGAGCUCAAAGAAUAUGCACAGAAAUUGCUCCAAGACCUCGAGGUUUACUUCUCAACAGCCAUUAUUGGUCAGAUUGGACAGAGGCUACAGCUGUUGAAGCAACUCCAAAAACACCUCGAGUUCCUUGUGUUGGACGUUCCCUCGAUGACCGUCAUCUAUUCGGCACUCUCGAAUUUCAUUUCCUUGUAUGUUCGUUAUGAAAAGCCUGUUCAGGAGACUCUCAAAAAAGGCAGGGUAUCUCUGGAAAAGGCAAUGAAAGAUGUUCUACUCAUGGCAAGUUGGAAAGAUACUAACAUUGUAGCGCUUCGUGACAGUGCCAAAAGAUCUCACCACAAGCUUUUCAAGAUCGUACGCAAAUUUCGAGCUCUUCUUGGACAACCUAUGGACUCUAUCAUCAAACAAGGAUUGCCAGAUGAACAGCAAAACGAAAAUGAAGAAGAGACCAAUCAGCCUUUCCUAUACCCAACUGUCGAUCAAUCUGCCAUAGCCAUGUGCUCUGACUCCGUUCCUGGUUGGUCCCACAAGAGCAGGAGAUUUAUCAACGUCUCGAAAACAAUAAGCAUCAUGGUCGAUGCAACCCAUAUUUCAGACUCUGUGGUUGAGGGUUCAUCAUUUCUCGAUUCGUUUCUAGGAAACAUCAUAUCAUCAUCUGCCGAGCUACAGAAAGCUACACCCACGAUUUUAACAGAGGACAAUAAAGUGGAGGUUAAGCAUCUUAAAACGAGAAAGAGAAAGCUUUUUGCGGACACACUGAAGGAUUUGCGUCAAAUGGGCAUCAAGUUUAAUCUCGGUGCAGACGCUUUGGCUAAACAAGGGUCUCUCUCAAUCUCACUGGCGAAUGUUGGAAGCCUUAUGCCGAGACAAGAUAUCAAUGUUCCUGGUUUGGAUUACUAUUACCACAAGGCCGUUGAUCUGGCGCCACGUGCGCGAGAGGCUAUACGACAACCUUCUGAGGACUUGAGUAGCGCUGAGGUUGCCCGAAGCUCUGGUUUCCUGGAAGGAAUACUCCAAGUUUUGUUAUCGCAACGCAAUGUGCUCUCUGCUAACGUGCCAACUAUCGCUAAGCUCGAAGCAUCAAUUGCUAUGAUAAAAGGUUUAUGGGCUCCUGGGAAGUAUCAAGUCAGAUUGUCUCAAAUUAGCGGGAACUACGAAAAGGUCCUCCGCUGGCUGCCUAGUAUCCUAUAUGUCGCCAUUGAUAUUAUCGCUAUUCAUUCCAAAAUGGGCCGAGUUGAUGCGCACAAUAUCAAAAAUGCAUUACUAUCAUGGAAAGAUAAAUUCGUUGACCUAACACGCCAAUGGGAUGACUUGGCUCAACUUCCUUCCGCAAUAACGUCGUCCCAAUGUGUUGAGCUUCAGGAUACAAUAUCGACUGCGACCCUAAAACUUCAAGCCGAAAUUGAGACCAUGAUUAUCCAACGCCCUGACUUGUCAUUUGCACUAAAACAAAUACUGCCUUGGACCAUUGUUCAAUCCUCUUCUGUCACCAACGCUUCUGGGAACACCGUCAAAGAUAUCGACCAGAAAUUGUCAGUGGUAUGCGAUGCUGUACUUGUUGCGGUCGAGAAGCACAAGAAAGCAGUCAAGGGCCUUCCAGAGUCAUCAGAUGAACCUGGGUGGUUCAUAAAGCAUGAUUCAGUGCUACUUUCAAGCAUCAAAUCUUUGCACGGCGACCACAUCAUCGCUCAGAUUGAACAAGCUUUUGACAUCCUUCGAGCAAUCGAUCUUUCCCAUCCAGCUACCAGCAAAACGGCUAGUGCUAUCUUCGCAGUUGCUCUGCCAAUUCUUCAGCAAUACGUUGCAACUCUAAAACAAGCCAUGAAGCGAUACUCACAACUCCAUCGUGCCACUGCCAAGGCAUCGUAUAUUCUCGCCAAAAUGUUUAUACAGCUUGCAUCACAAGGAUUUUGUACACCUUCUGAAAAGUCCGACGCGCAAGAUGGCCAGACCGAGAAGCUUGAAGGGGGAACUGGACUUGGUGACGGUGAAGGAGCCGAGGAUAUCAGUAAAGAUAUCCAGGACGAUGAAAAUCUGGAUGAACUUGCGCAAGAGCCAAAUACUGGCGAGAAGGGUGACAUGGAAGAUGAACAAGAUGCUGUUGAUAUGGCAGACGGAGAGAUGGAAGGGGAAAUGGGUGAUGGAGAGGAGAAGGGCUCAGAUGAUGGUGGCUCAGAUGGCGAAAGCGAUAGCGGCGAUGAGAUGGAUGAGGAGGCCGGUGAUGUCGACGAUUUGGAUCCUACAGCCGUUGAUGAGAAAAUGUGGGAUGGUGAUGGGGCAGAAGCAGAAAAGGACCAGGAGGGUGAUGAUUCCAAGGGCAAAUCAAACAAGGAUGAGCAGGUUGCUGCACAAGAAAAUGAUAAGCAAGCUGCGGAAGGGGACGAGAGGGAGAGCGGGGAUGAAGAGGAGGCAGAAGGAGCAGAGCAAGGCGAGGAAAUCAAGCAAGACGAUGCAGAGAAGCACGAUCCUCAUGCUCAAGAAGGCGAGGCACUCGAUUUGCCGGAUGACAUGGAAUUAGAUGGAGACGAGGAUGAGAAGAGUAUUGAAGGAAGCGAUGAUGGCAUGGAUGAUUUAUCAGAUGUGGAACAAGAUGGAAAGGAGGAUGAGGCUGCAAAUGACGGAAAGUCUGAAGACGGAGCUGAAAAUGCUGAUGCUCAAGAAGACCAAGACAUUGGAUCUGACAUGGAUGUGGUUGAUAUGGACGAAGAAAAAGAAGAAGGGGGUGAUUUAACGGAAGAGGCAGGAGAGAAGAACGACGAGGAAGAUCCCGAGCAGCCACCAGAGGAGCAAGAAGGUCUUCUACGAGACCAAAACGAUGAAGCCAACGCAGAUGUUGACAACGCAGUCCCGAGCGAUGUCCAAGGCACAGGCGAGGAUCAAGACGAAAACUCGACCGACAAGAAUGAAUCCGCAAGCAAAGCACAGCGCGACGACGGCGGCAAAGGUGAAGAUUCUUCUGAGCAAAAGGAUUCCGCAGCUGAGGAUGGCGAACAAGGUCGACAAGCAAACGGCGAAGCUCCCCAGGACUCACGAGAUGAAACCCAAGACAGUACAAAUGCCCAGCCAUUCAAGAAACUCGGCGAGGCACUAGAAAAAUGGCACCGGCAGCAAACAAAGAUCCGAGAGCCGGCUGAACAGAAAGAACAGGACCAGGACCAGAAUAUGGAUGUCAACCCAGAAAGUACCGAGUUCCAACAUCUCCAAGAUGAAGAUGCCCAAGCAGAUACGCAAGCUUUGGGAACUGCCACCGAAGAACAAGCUCGGGCAUUGGACGAGUCUAUGGCCGUCGACACCGAGACACAAGAAAUGCCAGCAGAGUUCCAGCCAGACAAGGUAGAAAAGGAUGACAUUGAUAUUGAUAAUGCGAUGGAUCUUGAUGAGCCUUCUAGCUCUAAGGAGCAAGACACCUCCAAUGCAUAUGAAGGCCGAGUUGGUGCAAUGAUCAAACAAGCCAAGGAAGAUUGGGAUGAGGACGACAAGGACCCAAGUAAACAACUUCAAGAGGAAUUCGAUGAAGUUGUCGAGCGAGUGGACCAACAGCUCGAAACUACGCACCUCGAUGAAGAAACCGCUCUUGAACUCCGGUCAGCAGCAGAUGCCCGUGAACAAUGGACGCACUUCGAGUCUAUCACACGCGACUUGUCCCUCUCGCUCACAGAACAACUUCGUCUCAUUCUCGCACCGACACUCGCAACCAAAAUGCGCGGUGAUUUCCGAACAGGAAAGCGCCUCAACAUCAAGCGCAUCAUCCCAUAUAUCGCCUCUCAAUACAAGCGCGACAAAAUCUGGAUGCGUCGCAGCGUCCCCUCGAAGCGUAGCUACCAAAUUAUGCUCGCAGUCGACGACAGCAAAAGCAUGGGCGAGAGCGGAAGUGGAUCUCUCGCCUUCGAAACUCUCGUCAUGGUUUCUAAAAGUUUGAGUAUGCUCGAAGUGGGAGAAAUCUGCGUGGUCGGAUUCGGUGACCAAGUCAAAGUUGCUCAUGAUUUCGACACCCCCUUCAGCUCGGACGCCGGCCCCAAGAUAUUCCAGAAUUUCGGCUUUGAGCAGAGUCGAACGGAUGUCACACGUCUCGUACGAGAAAGUAUCGAUCUCUUUUGUGCUGCGCGCGCAAAAGCUAGUAGUACUCCUGCUGAUCUGUGGCAAAUGGAACUCAUCAUCUCCGACGGAGUAUGCGAUUCUUCGGAGCAUGAGGCUAUUCGUCGUCUCCUCCGUGAAGCCCUCGAGGAACGCAUCAUGAUAGUUUUUGUUAUCGUCGAUGAUGUGCGGAAUAAGAAGAAGGGGGAGAGUGUGAUGGAUUUGAAGGAGGCGAAAUUUGUGAAGGAUGAGAAUACGGGCGCAAGUAAUGUGAAGAUUGAGAGGUAUCUUGAUACCUUCCCAUUUCAGUAUUAUUUGAUUGUUAGUGAUGUCAGAGAGUUACCAGGGGUUCUGGCAACGCUUUUGAGGCAGUGGUUUGCGGAGGUUGUGGAUUCUUCUAGUUAAUUACAGUAGUUAGUUAGGCGCGCUUUGCAGGCGUUUGGGGCGUUCUUGUAAUUAGGGUUUUUAGUGAGCAUUUUCGGAGUUUAAAAUGGAAGAAGUUCA